AUGGCGUCGAUGAGUUCUGUGGAGUUGAAUUACCUCGUUUUUCGUUAUCUCCAGGAAUCAGGUUUUGCCCACACAGCUUUUGCUUUUGGCUACGAGGCUGGUAUUAGCAAGAGCCCUAUGGAUGGCAAUUUGGUUCCACCUGAAGCUUUAGUCAAAUUCGUGCAGAAAGGAGUUCAAUACAUGGAGAUGGAAGCAAAUUUGACCAAUGCUGACGUUGAUGAGGAUGAAGACUUCUCAUUACUGCAACCUUUGGAUCUCAUCAGAAAAGAUGUUAACGAACUGCAUAAAAUUAUGAAGGACAGGAAGAAAAACCAACAGGAGGCUGGGGCAAAGGAAUUGGAUAGAGGUCGUGAACGAGAAAGCAUGCACAUGGAAGAUAAGGACAAGGACGGAAACAAUAUGGAGAAACAAGCUAAGGAAAGAGAACGUGGAAAUGAGAAAGAUAGAGUCGAAAACGAUAAUAAAAGAUUAAAAAAGCAACAUGAUGAUCAGAAUAACUGA